CAUAUCUAAUAUAAAUAAUAAGACAAAUCAAAGAGAAGACAAACAAAUCGCGGAGUAGAAGGAGAUACAUAAUCCAUAACCAUGAGAAAAAGCUAGUUCAUAGGUGGUGUGCUUCCCUCUUUGUGCUUAAGACCAAGCCAAGUCAGCAAUUUUGACCUCUGACUUUUUUUUUUUCGAAAACCUCUGACUUUUUUUUUUUAAUUAUAACAUUACUAAACUUUUCUAAGUUUAGUGGUCAACACCACCACGGUCCACGGGUAUAUUAUAUAUUUAUUUAUUUAUAUAUAUAGUAACAUAAACCACCCACUAUUAUUCACAAACUCGACAACAAUGGCCUUCAACAAUUCCUUCCUUAAUUCUCUUCUCCUUGUUAUAGUAAUAGCAGCAACAGCCAAUGGUGUUGGUGUCGACGCAACUCGACCAUCAACACCAAGAAGAGUUGCGCCACGUUCUAACUGCAUAUCCUCUUUGAUCUCAAACCAAGUCUUCGACAGCAUAUUCCUUCACAAGGACGACACUGCAUGUCCAGCUAAAAACUUCUACACCUACGACACUUUCCUUAAAGCCGCCAAGACUUUCCCUUCUUUCGGCUCAACCGGACCAUUACCCACCCGCAAGCGCGAAAUCGCAGCCUUUCUUGCCCAAAUCUCGCACGAGACAACCGGUGGGUGGGCAACAGCCCCUGACGGCCCAUACUCGUGGGGUUUGUGUUUCAAGGAAGAGGUCAGCCCAGGCAGCGACUACUGUGACCCAGACAACACCCAAUGGCCCUGCUCCCCUGGCAAGAGUUACAAGGGUCGUGGGCCCAUUCAACUCUCUUGGAACUACAACUAUGGCCCGGCUGGUAAGGCCUUGGGCUUCGAUGGUUUGAAGAACCCGGAAGUUGUUGCUAAUAACUCCCUCAUUGCUUUUAAGACUGCCCUUUGGUUCUGGACUACCCCACAGAGCCCCAAGCCCUCUUGUCACGAUGUUAUGGUCGGGAAAUACGUGGCAUCACAUGAUGACGUAGCGGCUAAUCGUACGGCUGGGUUUGGGCUGGUGACUAAUAUUAUUAAUGGAGGACUGGAGUGUGGGAUUGUGAACGAUGGGCGGGUUAAUGAUAGGAUUGGUUAUUUUAAAAGAUAUGCUGAGAUUUUGAAAGUUGAUACCGGGCCUAAUCUAGAUUGUGAACAUCAAAAGCCUUUUGCUUAAUUACUUAGUAUGUUAACAACAAAUAAGUUUUGUUCCUUUUUGUUUUAUCAAGUUGAAAUGAAAAGGGGUCGACAUGGUUUCCAUUGUGUUUGCUAA